UGUUGUUUAAACUGGGGCUGGUGGGAUAGACCACAGUGAGAAAGUGAAGCGAUUUAACUUUGUUUUUAAUUAUUUUAUUGCGUGGGCAAACUGGAAUAAUGGAAUAUUGGACUAUUUUUUUAUUCGAAGUGGAUACAACGAUAACCCACAAAUAAAGGGACAUUUUACUACUGUAGUUUUUACUGUAUGUGGAUCGACGCAGAAACCGGAAUGGCAAACUUGGGAGUAGCUUAACAAAUCCUAUGGCACACUUUGAAUUAUAAAUCUUACAUAACCUUUGGGUGUUUUUUUGUGAAACUGACUAUUGCUUCCUCAAUUAAAGAUUGGGAAAUAAAGUAUUUUAUAGACGUAAACGCAUUUACAGUGAGCUAAAAUGCCGCCGCCGGAGUUAAUCACGGUCACGGAAUUUGUGGCUGAAACUAACGAGGACUACAAAGCGCCCACGACCUCAAACUUCACCACUCGGAUGUCCCAUUGUCGGAACGCCGUGGCAGCAUUAGAAGAGGCGCUAGAUGUAGACAGAGGAGUACUUCACAAGAUCAAGAAGUCUGUCAAGGCCAUAAACAACUCUGGCCUGGCCCACGUUGACAAUGACGAGCAAUACAUUCAGUCUAUGGAGAAGUUUGGGGACAGCUGUGUCUCUAGAGAGGAUCCGGAGGUGGGCUCAGCCUUCCUCAAGUUCGCCAUCUUUACCAAAGAGCUCACAGCCCUCUUCAAGAACCUGUUGCAGAACAUGAACAACAUCAUUACCUUCCCCUUAGACAGUCUACUGAAAGGAGACCUGAAAGGGGUCAAAGGGGAUCUGAAAAAGCCUUUUGAUAAAGCCUGGAAGGAUUAUGAAACUAAAGUCACUAAGAUAGAGAAGGAGAAGAAGGAGCAUGCUAAGCAGCAUGGGAUGAUACGGACAGAGUUCAGUGGAGGAGAGAUCGCUGAGGAGAUGGAGAAGGAGAGACGCAUCUUUCAGCUCCAGAUGUGUGAGUAUCUUCUCAAAGUGAAUGAAAUUAAAACGAAGAAGGGGGUUGACUUUCUCCAGAACCUCAUCAAAUAUUUUCACGCCCAAUGCAACUUCUUCCAGGAUGGUCUGAACACAGUAAAUAGCCUCAAACCUUCCAUAGAGAAACUGGCUACAGACUUGACUACAAUCAAACAGACCCAAGAUGGAGAGAGGAAACAGCUGAGUGAGCUUAGAGAUGUUCUCAAGUCCUCCCUACAGUCCGAACAGAAAGAGGAUACCCAGGCCAAGCAGACAGGAUACAGCCUUCACCAGCUCCAGGGGAAUAAGGCCCAUGGCACAGAACGCUGUGGAAUGCUGUACAAGAAGAGUGAGGGUCUCAGGAAAGUGUGGCAAAAGAGGAAGUGUUCAGUGAAGAACGGGUUCCUGACUAUCUCCCAUGGAACGGCUAACACACCACCAGCUAAACUCAACCUGCUAACCUGUCAAGUGAAGCGUAAUCCAGAUGAGAAGAAAAGUUUUGAUCUCUUCUCACAUGACAGAACCUAUCACUUUCAAGCUGAGGAUGAGGCAGAGUGUCAGAUAUGGAUCUCAGUCCUGCAGAACAGUAAGGAGGAAGCCCUGAACGAUGCCUUCAAAGGAGACCAGGACGAGGGAGGAGAGAACAACAUAGUCCAGGAGCUGACCAAGGCCAUCGUCAGUGAGGUCAAGAGGAUGACCGGUAACGAUGUGUGCUGUGACUGCGGAGCGCCCAAUCCCACCUGGCUCUCCACUAACCUAGGAGUGCUCAUCUGCAUCGAGUGUUCUGGAAUCCACAGGGAGAUGGGUGUCCACUACUCUAGAAUACAGUCUCUCACACUGGACGUCCUGGGAACCUCAGAGCUCCUGCUGGCUAAGAAUGUAGGGAACGCAGGUUUCAAUGAGAUCAUGGAGGCGGACCUGUCUGAACAGAGCGUGACUAAACCCAACCCCUCCAGUGACAUGCAGACGCGGAAGGACUACAUCACAGCCAAGUACACGGAGAAGCGUUUUGCUCAGAGGAAGUGUGCGGACUUGGCGUCCAGGCUGCACGUCCUGUGUGAGGCAGUGAAGACCCGAGAUAUCCUCUCUCUCAUCCAGGUCUACGCUGAAGGAGUGGACCUGAUGGAGACCAUCCCAAUGGCCAAUGAGCAUGAACCGGGUGAGACAGCACUACACCUAGCAGUACGAAUGGUGGACCGCAACUCCCUCCAUAUUGUGGACUUCCUGGCCCAAAAUAGUGGGAACCUGGAGAAGCAGACAGCCAAAGGGAGCACGGCGCUGCACUACUGCUGCCUGACCGACAACAGCGAGUGUCUCAAACUGCUGCUGCGGGGCAGGGCCUCAGUCAGUAUUGCCAACGAGGCAGGAGAAACACCAAUGGACAUCGCCAAGCGCCUCAGACAUACGCAGUGUGAGGAGCUGCUGACCCAGGCCGAGACGGGGAAGUUCAACGUCCAUGUACACGUGGAGUAUGAGUGGCGGCUCAGCAACGACGACAACCUGGACGAGAGCGAAGAUGAGAUGGAGGAAAAGCCCAUCCCCCACAGACGGUCAGAGCAGGAACGUCCUGUCAGCUGUUUCAUCCCGGGCAGCGGUCUCAUGGGUCCCAUGCCAGGUGGUCCCAACAUGGCCUCCUUGGCUCGCGACGCGGCCAGCCUGGCCAGAGACAAGCAGAGAGCCCAUGUCCCCAGCAUGAUGAUGAGCAACGAGACCUAUGGCACCAUCCUGGAACCCAGCCCCCCUCCCCCCGCCAUGCCACCGUUACCGGUGGUACCCAUCCCAUAUCUUCCCCCCAGGAACGCCACCAAAGGUCCAGGGUGGAAGCAGGCUCCUAUGGAGGUGGUGGGUAGACAGAGGUCCUCCUCAGACCCCCCAAACCCUAACACCCCAGACCCCAACAGCUCCAUGUAUGUGCUUCCUCCGACUGCUCCCCCUCCCCCUGUGAACAAGAGGACCAAUCCGAUGGAGCAUAGAGGCCAUAAGACUGCUCCUCUACCUCCUUUACCUACCGUAUUACCUGGGCCUCCAGUGCCCCCGGUCAUCCCAGUAGCACCAGUCCUACCAACAGCACCCCCUGCACCCCCCUUCAAACCCACACAGCCCCCUCCUGUCCCCGCAUACCAUCCCAGCAGGAGAGCCCCAGGGCCCAAGUCACCUAAAUCACCGACUAGUUCAGAUAAACCCACUCCUAAAGGACCUCCCAUCAAGACUGCUGGACCAACUGAUAGACCAGUAAAGACCGCACCUGUACCUGGAUCCCCUCAGAGCUCUGGUCCCACCCCACCUCCAACACCGAAGCCUCGCGCCAACCACCCUAAACAGAAACCCAGGAGGGUGAAAGCCAUCUACAACUGUUUAGCUGAUAACCCAGAUGAGUUAACGUUCACAGAGGGAGAGGUGAUCGUAGUGGACGGAGAGGAGGACCCGGAGUGGUGGCUGGGACAUAUGGAGGGGGAGCCGACCAGGAGAGGGGCUUUCCCUGUGAAAUUUGUACACUUCAUCACUGACUGAUGCAUCUGAUGGUGUGACCGAAGCUGUCACUGUCUUUAUCUAUGGCUGUAUCAGAGGAGGCUGGUGGGAGGAGCUAUAGGAGGGCAGACUCAUUCUAAUGGCUGGAAUGGAAUUGAUGGA